AUGUCGUCCGUAGCUGGUUUGCAACGGAUCGCCCCCGUCCCGACCUCGUCGGACUUCAUAGACAUUGUGCUCAAUGCUACUAUGAGAAAGACUCCUACCGUUAUCCAUAAGAAUUUCAAAAUUUCUCGUAUCAGGAAUUUCUACAUGCGAAAGGUCAAAUUCACCCAAGACACCUUCGAUGAGAAAUUAGGCAAGAUCAUCUCUGAAUUCCCCGUUCUCGAUAACUUACAUCCCUUCUUAUCUUCUCUCUUGAACGUUUUAUACGACAAGAACCACUACAAACUUGCUUUAGGUCAAAUCAACACUGCUAGACACUUGAUCUCUCAAGUAUCCAAAGAUUACACUCGACUACUCAAAUUCGGUGAUUCGUUAUACAGAUGUAAACAGUUGAAGAAGGCUGCUUUGGGUCGUAUGGCAACGAUCAUGAGAAGACAGAAAGAUCCUUUAGCAUAUCUCGAACAAGUCAGACAACAUAUCUCGAGAUUGCCCGCUAUCGACCCUAAUACUAGAACUUUACUUAUCUGUGGUUACCCAAACGUAGGAAAGAGUAGUUUCGUGAAUAAGAUUACUAGAGCGGACGUUGAUGUUCAACCGUAUGCCUUCACCACUAAAUCUCUUUUCGUCGGUCACAUGGAUUACAAAUACCUCAGAUGGCAAGUCAUCGAUACCCCUGGUGUGCUUGAUCACCCAUUGGAGGAAAUGAACACCAUCGAAAUGCAAUCUAUCACCGCUUUGGCUCAUUUAAGAAGUGCCGUCUUGUACUUUAUGGAUUUGAGUGAACAGUGUGGAUAUACGAUCGAAGCUCAGUGCAAGCUCUUCCAUUCCAUCAAACCUCUUUUCACCAACAAACCCACCAUCCUCGUGAUCAACAAGAUCGAUAUCGUCAGACUUGCCGAUCUUUCCCCAGAGAACCGUGCUUUCGUUGAUACCAUCUUAUCUGACAAAUCGGUCACUGUCGUUGAAGCCUCGACAUAUUCGGAAGAAGGUGUAAUGGAUGUUAGGAACGUCGCAUGCGAUGCUUUGUUAGCUCACAGGGUCGAACAGAAACUCAAGGGAAACAGAAUCGAGAUGGUCGCCAAUAAGAUACACGUUGCGGUACCCCAGAAGAGAGAUGAUGUGGAGAGGAAACCAUUCAUCCCUGAUUCGGUCAAGCAUAAAGUCAAAUAUGAUAAAGAAGAUCCUAACAGAAGGAAAUUACAGAGAGACGAAGAGCAAGAGAUGGAAUUGUCCGGUAUGGGUAUCUACUCUGCUGAUACCAAGAAGGAUUACAUCCUUGCCGACGAUUCAUGGAAAUAUGAUAAGAUCCCUGAAUUCCUCAAUGGAAAGAAUGUCGCAGACUUUAUCGAUCCUGAUAUCGCCGAGAAAUUGGAUGCCUUGGAAAGGGAAGAAGAGGCAUUGGAAGCUCAAGGAUUCUAUGAUUCCGAUGAGUCUGAGAUGCUCGACUCUGACGAAGAAGAAUUCCGAGAUGCUGCCUCACAAAUUGAGAAGAAGAAAGCUUCCAUCAAGAAGAUAUCCCAGGAGAAGAAUCACUUACAAAACCGACCUAUCAUCCCAAGAAAGAAGAAGCACGUCACUUUAUCAGAAUUCACAAGUGGUAUGAGGAAGUCAGGACAUGAUCCUUUGGUACUUGAGAAACGUGCUGCGCGAUUGAUGGAGAAGAAGAAAGAAGCUUGGGAAGCUGCUGAGGCUCGCGAUGCCGCCGCGGAAGCCGAAGGUGAUAUGGACGUUGAUAUGGAUGGUGAAGUUGAAGAUUCAAGUAGACCAUCGAAAGGUAAACCAAUCAGAACGAAGAGUGGAAUGGCCGUUUCACGUGCUCCUCGAUCGAAUAGACAGAUGGCCGGUUUGGCUACGAUAGGCCAAUCUGACAAAGCCAACGAAUUGAGAGAUUUCGCACAGAGAUUACCAAAUAGAUUGGCCAAAGCUUCUGAAUCAGAUAGACACGUUCCUAUAACCAGACCUAAAUGGAUGUUGGCUGGUAAGAGAAAAGGAGGAAAGACUGAUAGACGAUAG